AUGGCGACCCUCUUUCAGUCCUUCCGGAGCUCCUCCAUGCCUAAGAGGCUGCUUCGAUAUGCCUUGUCUCGACUAGAUCUCCUCGACACCGAGGCUCUCGAGAUGGACAACCUGGAUUUGGCCAUAGGGAGGAAUACCGUAUUCGAGUUUCGUGAUGUCGGGAUAAAACUGAAGAAACUCAACAAGCUGCUCCAGCUCCCCGACACGUUCAGGUUGAAAAAGGCCAAAGUGUUAUUAUUACGGGUCACAAUACCCAUAGACUUCUAUACAAGUCCUAUAAUAGUCGAAGUCGACGGCGUCGAUAUCGCCUUACAAGUCAUAGGCCCAGAGUCUAAGCCGGGACAUGCGUCAGGGACCAGAACACCGGAGGAAGGCGUUGCUGUACCGAAUACCGUCGAUCUCGCACAAUCAUUCCUCGAAACCCAACCACGAUCAGAGCGUAGGAAACUUGAAGAUGCGUUGGCAGCCGAAACCCAGGAUCUAGGCGCAUCAGUCUCUAUGAGUGACGAUGGAAGCGAGGACGACUUGGCAUAUGGGACGGGCCAAGCGCUCUCUCUUCCAGCAUUUUUGGCCGAUUUCCUCCAGGGUAUCGUUGACCGCAUGCAAGUUAGGAUAAAAUCCGUCAACCUCCAGCUCGACGUUGAGGUACCUGUUGAACCAAACUCUGCUACUACUGAGGUGGUAUCAUUCCAGGUUGCUCUCGAGGGCGUUGAAGUCGAAGGUGUUACGACUCGGUCUUAUGACGAUUCUGGGUCCCCAGCCAUCGUACCAAAGGAGGGAAAACGACAUGUCUCUUUAUCCAACGUCAGGGCGUAUCUCAUUUCCGAAGCAAAUGUCUUCUCUGCUCUGGCGAAAUCCCCUUCAAUAGCAUCACCAUCUCUUGCUUCUUCACCAGCAAUGACACGAAAUCCGCCAUCACGCCAGGCAACCGAGCUCUCACUUGGAAGUCUUCGUGAUGAAUCAGUGGCAUCAUCCCAAGCGAGCAUUCGAUCUCACGAGCGAGGAGCUGCGUCAACUCAUAGUCUUUCCCAAGAGGACCCCAUCAUUUCUUCACAACAUAGUAUCGACCAACGACUUGCGAGUUCACAGCGUAGUCUUCAGCACGAAGAUCUAGUUAAUUCACAACAAAGCCUCCAGGACGAUUACUUCAUGGAUCAGGAGUCCCUGGAGCAGGGCGAUCCUUUGGGCGAUAGUGAAGAUGCACUUGGGAUUCCGUACGAGUUUUCAGACCCUCAGGACGACGACGCAGAAGACAGCCCAGCAACCCCUCGGGCUUCGAUGUACCACGACUUUCAUAACGGAGCUAACGACGAAACGUUAUUCCAUUCGACUUUACUUCCGGGAGAACAUGGUUCCCACUCUACCGCACUAGAUACUGAGCGAAUGCUAUGGGCAAGCGAAGAACGAGAAGCCCGAUCGGCCCCCAAUCUUGAAACUCCGACGACGCAAGUCAACUUGGCAGCUUCUGACUCAAGCAUACAGAAUGAGCAACUUCGCCGGACCUCAUCCGAUGACAGUUUUGGAGCUGCAUCGACCGAAGAGCUGGCACAGUCUCAUAUGUAUACACAUGAGGAAGCAGAGAGUAUGUAUAUGAGUGCUUUCUCCCAAACUAACGCGCAGUCUGCGGCCACCUUGUCACCGACCGCUUCUCCUGAGACCUUUUUAUCACCGAAGCCGCAAGAAGAGCAAUCUACGGAAGUGGAACGACCUACUGAGCCAGAGAGGCCAGACUCGCCAGACUCGCCAGCUUUGGACGCCAGUGUGCAAGAAUUAGCCAAGUCUGAAAUCACGCAGCCAGACCCUCCAAGCACUGAGCCUCCAAGCGCAGAAAUUCCGAGUACAGAACUCCUAAGCACAGAAGCCCCAAUCACCGAGGCUCCCGUCAUCGAAACUCCAAGCCCGGAAGUCUCCAGCCCUGUGAAGGAAGAUUCCCCGUCCCCAAUGAAGGAAUAUCAAAGACCAGAAGGCUUUAUACCAGGUGCAUGGGAUGACGACUACGAUGAUCCAGAGGAGCAACCGGCAUCAACUACCCUGAGACGCUCAAUAUAUCGAAACUCCAAUCUAGCUGACUCGGGAGAUGCUUCCGAUAGUGAAUCUUCUGAGCCUGCUUUCUCCAGAGCAUGUCUUACUGAUCUGGACCAAGAGAAUCCAAGUGCAACUGGCAAACAGCAAGACGAUGUUGCUACCCCAAAGGGUCCUACUCGACUCGUUAAAGAGCUUCUGAGCCUCAAGACCAUAUCGAUAUAUAUCCCCUCGCAACACAUGCAUAUACAGGUUCAAACCGCAUCGCCAGAGUCCGUUGCCCAAUUGUCGCAGUCCUUGGGUCAAUCGGCCUACCCCCAAGCGCCAGGUGCCUUUUCCGUACAUGGAGCCGCCCCUGCACAGCAGCACAGUAGUUCUCGAGGUGCCUCGAAGACGGACAACGCUCUCGAAGUGGAUCUAUCGCCUAUUAACCUUCGCUUCGAUGCCUCACUUGGAUUCUUACUCGCCAUGGUUGUGGGAAAGCUACUCGAUGCUGUCAAAAACCAGAAACCAUCGCCGGCAGAGAAGAACAAGCAGAACAAGCAGGAGACAACUCCAAAGGAGGAGUCAGCCAACAUCAAGGUAAACUUCGAGGAGAUUAAGCUCGACUUUGUGAACCGUUUAGGCGGAAUUUCGGAUACUCCUGAACGAUAUAUGGAUCCUUCAGCGUUCAUCUUCGACCAAGAAGUUCUGCUCAAUGCCACCUUGCAGAACUUGGCUAUCUCUAUCUCUCCAACAGAGGUUGCGGCGGCUCCAGUUACUAAGGGUAAGUUGACGAUGCAGCCCGCUGUUCUGACCAAGAUAGACUUGCAAAAGUUUCGAUUUGGAUAUGCGAAUGGCGAUAUUAUCUCAUUUGACAGUGGCAAACCUAUGAGCACAUCUGUCAGGGAUGUCUUUCUUUCUGAUGGCUCCGACAUUGGCAUUAAGAUUCUCCAAUCAGGAGGAAAUACCAGGACGGAGGUACAGACACUGCCCCUCGUUUUCCAGCUUGAUUUACGGCGGCUCGAUGAGACCUUCAGUUGGUUCGGUGGCCUAAGCAGCUUCCUUAAUAUGAGUGCCUCGAUCGCCUCAAGUCCUGCCCCAACACCUAAACCAGCUGCUGUUGCGCAAAAGCCCAGAGGGGUUCGGUUCGAUACACCGAUCGACCCAGACGAUAAAUCCGCAGCCUCAGAGAACAAGAUCAACGUGCGUAUUGGAGGCUCAUGGGUGGAGCUCAUUGGGAAGGACUGCAGCAUGGCUGUCGAAACAAGUGCUAUCAAGCUUAUAAGCCGGGACGAAGCUAUUGGCAUUGGAUGUAGCAUGAUGCGAGUGUCUGGGCCGCAUCUGAAGAACUCGACGGCCGAACCCCCUAUUAACACGGAAGUUACUGGCGUUCGGGUGGAGUUCUUGACAACCCCUAAAGACGCGGAUCUUGAGAAGCUUCUGGAGCUCAUCAUGCCCUCAAAACAUCAGUUUGACGGAGAGAACGAUGAGAUCAUGGUCGACACACUACUACGCCAGCGAAGAAAGGGUUCGGUUCUGAGAGUUAACGUUGAUGCGGUCAACGUCCGUGUGCAAAACAUGUCACAGCUUUCUGUCUUACCGAAUCUUGGUGAAGAGGUUGCAAAGCUUUCCACAGUUGCCAAGUACCUACCGGAGGAUGAUCGCCCUGGUCUGUUGACCUUGGGUAAAAUCGGCAAGGUGGCUUUGAGCCUGGAUUUUGGUGGCAAGUUGGGCCAUCUACUUACGGAUAUACAAAAUCUCCACGUUGGUCAGAUCACGAUGCCCUCACUUGUUGCCAUCGCUCUCUACGAUCUCUCGGUACGCAGGAACAGGUCGGAAGAACUGGUUAGCACAUCACCAUUUGGCGCCAAGGAUAUUUCACUCCGUAGUCCGGUCCUCAUGGCACGUAUGAUUGGUGAUGAGAUUGAGCCAGUUGUCAAACUGAAGAUGCAGGAUCUAUGCAUCGAAUACCGCGUACCCACCAUCAUGGAUCUCCUCGAGCUUGGGGAAGAUGCAACUCCACAGGAUUUCGAAGCCAGCCUUGCUGCUUCAGUCGCAAAUCUGGGCGACCAAGCACACCAUGCCUUGACUCGUUCUCCUGGAUCUCCAAGCGAGAAAGCUAAGAGUGGCAAGCCUAUGACUCUGGAUAUCGGAUUUCGCGACUGCCUCUUAGGACUCAACCCUCUGGGUCAGCCCUCGAAGAUGAUCAUUGUUCUCACGGAUGCCCAUCUUGUCGCUCUGUUGCCCCAGGAUGUCGAGACCAACGCUGUCUUUACCAUUAACAAGUCAUCCAUUCUACUUGUCAACGAUGUUGCUGAAGUUGCUAUGAGCGAACCGCCCGCUACGCAACGACCUAGAGCGUCAUCUUCUACAUCCCGCCAAGUAGCGGACAUGUGUGCAAGAGGGUAUGUCGAUAUCUGCUAUAUCUCGUCCGCCAAGGCCACCAUUGAUGUCAAGGAACUUGACGAUGGCGAAAAGCAGCUCAAUGUCGAGCUCAAGGACGACCUCCUGGUCUUGGAAACUUGCGCGGAUUCAACCCAAACUCUUAUUGCACUAGCCAACGCUUUGAAGCCUCCAACUCCGCCAAGCAAAGAGAACAAGUAUUUGACGGAUGUGGUUCCCAUGCAGGAUCUACUUGCUUCGAUUUCUGCCGAAGCCUUCGGUAGACCCGAAGGGGAAUACGAUUUUGACCAAGAUUUUGCGGGCGCCCAAGAGAUGGCUGGCAGUGGUUCGGAGGCAGGCUAUAACACGGAUAGCCCUUUGCAGGUUCAGUCGCAGUACUACGAUGAACCUGUCGCGGAAGAGCUCUUUGAUGCUACAAGUAGCUCCAUAAUCUCUCAAGGAUCGCAUCGCUCUGGUGGCCCUCAUAUGCAAGAUACCAAUGAGGGUGUACUAUUAACGGGUUUCGGACCAGUAAGCCAACAGAGCGUUGAUUCUGACGACCUUGUCAUCCAUGACGAUUACUACGGUCAGAGCGCUUCUAAGGACAGCAAGGCGAGGGUUUGGAACUCGAAAAAGAACAGCUACGAUCAAGCACCAAGCGAUCUGGUUAAGCGUAGCACUCUUAAGGUCAAGGUGCGAGAUGUGCAUGUCAUAUGGAACCUUUUCGAUGGAUACGACUGGGUUCACACCCGAGAUGUCAUCACAAAGGCAGUUCAGGAUGUUGAAGCCAAGGCGUACGAACGUCAAGCACGGGCGGGCCAAGUCCAUGUCUACGAAGAGGAACUUGAAGAUGAAGAGGCCAUCGGCGAUUUCCUCUUCAACUCGAUCUAUAUCGGUAUUCCAGCCAAUCGCGAUCCUCAAGAACUGUCUCGUGCCAUCAACGAGGGGUUCAAUGACAACGCAACGGAAACCGAAUCUGUUGCUACCACAGCCUUCACUGCAGCGACCAACAGAACGGCACGCUCUCGACCCCGAUCAAAGCGACUUAAGCUCAAGCGCAGUAAGCACCACAAGAUUACCUUCGAGUUACAAGGCAUCGACGCGGAUCUUUUCGUUUUCCCACCCAAUUCUGGCGAAACACUCAACAGCAUCGACGUUCGCAUCAAAAACCUUGAUAUCUUCGAUCAUGUUCCAACCUCGACAUGGAAAAAGUUUGCGACGUACGACCAAGACAUGGGCGAGCGAGAGAUGGGCACAAGCAUGGUUCACCUUGAAAUGCUGAAUGUCAAACCACAACCAUCACUCGAGGCGUCGGAAAUCGUCUUGCGGGCAACGAUCUUACCUCUGAGACUCCACGUUGAUCAGGAUGCUCUCGACUUUAUCACACGAUUUUUCGAAUUCAAGGAUGACCAAGUCCCGGUUCACACGUCCAAGAGUGAUGUGCCAUUCCUUCAGAGGGCUGAAGUUAAUAACAUCGCGGUCAAGCUUGAUUUCAAACCGAAGCGUGUCGACUAUGCUGGGCUUCGGUCAGGACAUACCACCGAGUUCAUGAACUUCAUCGUCCUCGAUGAGGCGAGAAUGGUUCUUCGCCAUGUGAUCAUCUAUGGUAUCUCUGGAUUCGAAAAGCUUGGCAAGACUCUCAACGAUAUUUGGAUGCCUGAUGUGAAGGCAAAUCAACUUCCUGGUAUCCUGGCAGGUCUUGCACCUGUACGGUCACUCGUUAAUGUCGGCAGUGGCUUUAAGGAUCUUGUCGAGGUACCUAUCCGUGAGUACAAGAAAGACGGCCGUGUCAUUCGCAGCAUAUCAAAGGGUGCGACAGCUUUUGCUCGUACUACAGGUACGGAGCUGGUCAAGCUGGGUGCCAAACUUGCUGUUGGCACGCAGUACGCACUGCAGGGUGCGGAGGGCAUGCUCUCUGACCCCCAGCAAGCGUACGAAGGAUGGGAUGAGGACGAUGUGGACCCUGAGGAGCAGAGACAAAUUUCCCUCUACGCAGAUCAACCUACAGGCGUGAUCUCGGGUAUCAGAGGUGGAUAUCGAUCUCUUGCUAGAGAUGUGAAUCUCGUCCGUGACGCCAUCAUUGCUGUUCCUGGGGAGGUUAUGGAGAGUUCUUCGGCUUCUGGGGCCGCGAAGGCUGUUCUGAAACGCGCCCCAACUAUCAUCUUCCGACCAGCUGUUGGUGUUACACGAGCGAUCGGUCAAACACUGAUGGGCGCAACCAACUCGAUCGAUCCAAACAAUAGACGCCGGAUUGAGGAGAAAUACAAACGGUACUGA